AGCAAAGUAACCAGUUUGCUCUCUACUGUAAUACUACAUUGCAAGGAGUCAGCUUCUCAUACCACAGCUCUCCGAGAUGCACUCUCCAGAAGAUUAUUUAAGAACUAGGAGGAGCAGGCAUGCAGAAACUGUUUAACAGAAAGGCACUCAAGACGCAUUACUUAAACAAAUGGUCAAAAUCAUACUUUUCAGAAUACACUGAAGUUUACCCUUAGAAGUAGGAUUACUGCACUGAAGAACAAAACAAAACAAAAAAAAAGACUGCCACCAGCACAGGAUUAUAAGGAUUACAGUGACAUCAACUCAUAAGGAAAGAAAGUUAGCUUGCUGUUCCUUGCACAGCGGAAAAAAUGAAAGACCGCCUUCAAGAACUUAAACUGCGAGCAAAAGAACUGCAGCUAGCUGAAGAGAACAGCUGUGUGCCUGAGGUGAAAGAAGACCAACUAGAGUUUGAACAGCAAGCUAUUAUUUAUGAGAAAGAGCCCAUAACUGAGAGGCACCUAAAUGAAAUCCAGAGACUUCAGGAUGAAAUUAGUAACUUGGCAGAAGAUGUUCAAAAGUUUGGUCAGCAGCAGAAAAGCCUUGUGUCCUCAAUGAGAAGGUUCAGUGUUCUUAAAAAGGAGUCCAACAUUACAAGAGAAAUAAAAAUACAAGCAGAGCAUGUAAGUAAAUGCUUGGAUGAACUAUCAAAAACACUGAAGAAGUCUGAAAGCGAACACGGGCCAUCUUCUGCCAUUGUAAGAAUCCUUACAUCUCAGCAUGCGUUCCUUUUCUGGCGUUUCCAGAACACCAUGCUUUCAUACAAUGAUGCUAUAACAGCCAAGCAGGAGAAAUGCAAGACAUUCAUUGUCCGCCAGCUUGACGUGGUUGGGAAAGAGGUCUCCGAAGAAGAAGUGAAUGAUAUGCUUCAACAAGGAAAAUGGGAGAUUUUCAAUGAAAAUCUGCUUACUGAAGUCAAAAUCACUAAAGCUCAACUAUCGGAGAUUGAACAAAGACACAAAGAACUGGUCAAUCUGGAGAACCACAUCAAAGACUUGAAGGAAUUGUUUAUCCAGAUCUCGCUUCUGGUGGAGAAACAAGGAGAAAUCAUCAACAACAUUGAAAUGGGUGUAAACAAUACUCAAGAUUAUGUUCAAACAUCAAAAGAGAAGUUUAGACUUGCAGCCAAGUAUAGAAAGAGAAACCCUUGUAAAGCAAUAUGUUGCUGGUGUUGUCCACGCUGCAGAUAACAAAAAGGGAUGAUUCUCAAUAUUCACAGGCUACUAUUUUGCCAGCAGAAAUUUUGAAGCAGUUCUGUGGGUUCCAUUUACACUUCAGUUUGUCUCUGCUUACUCUCCCCCACCUCGAGGGCUCUUUCCUUCUACUUCUGUGCAUCUCACAUUCAAAAGGGAAAAAAAAAAAAUCCUGUCUGUACUCCUGCAAGUGACUACUUCUCUAGAAUUCUCAGCAGUUUGUCUCUUCUGAUCGGCUGUGGUAGAAGUGUUAUAUUGGAAACACAGAUGAAGCAGAGGAAGUGGAAAGAUCACCUUUUCUGAUCCUACCAACCCAGAGUAAUCCUGCUUUACAAGAGGUUGUCCAGUGGAGCUGGUGGGUUAUCACAGUGACCAGUGUGAUAUAAACGCAAGGUGUAGGAGGUUCCACCAGUGGUGCUCGGCAGUAUUAACAGUAUUGCUAACACCAAACAUUCAGAAAUCAUGUCAGGCCCCAAAAACUAUGAGACUGGCUUAAUUAUAGUUAAAAAUUUAUAUAAAAGUUUAAGGUUAUUUUUAUUUGCCUUCUGGUUUUUGAGCUUUCAACUUGCAACUGAGUCAUGUUUUCAGGCUUUUCUCAGCAACUAUGAGGGCUAGCAACUUUUUUUUGUUUUUAAAUUUGCAAGCUGAGAUAUCUAUUUAAUCACUUUUCUCCAGGAAUGAGCCUUUAAAUUAAGACAUCAUGUAUAACUAAAACCAUGAUAAAAAUCACAAGUGUUGCCAACUGGAGAGAAGAACCACGCACAUUUCUCCAUUUAUAAAACGUGUGAAUUAUAUUUCUGUCCAGAGUGAAUGUAUGUGUUUAUGAUGUGUAAUUAAUGUGUUUAUAUCUUAACUAUUUAAAUACAAGGACUGAACCAAACAAUUCUAAAUUAUCAAGGUAACCACUGUUUUCUAAAAGUGUGAAUUAGAGAAAUAUAGAAACCUCAUUCAAUGGCUAUACUGUCCGUAUUUUAUUCUAUUCCCUCACUCAAAACUUUCCCUCUCCCCAUUCCCACACAGAGAUUAUCCAAUAGUUCCUAUUUAGCAAGGUGAGUAUUUAGAACACACCAAGUUAGUUAGGUUUUUCAGUCUU